AUGGCUGUGAAGGAAUGUUCAUCAUCAAUCGCCACAGCUUCCUUCAUCUUGGUAUCUUUACAUAGUACAAGAACGCUUAAAAGGAUAUUCAAAGCUUGCCAAGUGUGCACGCCGAAUGCCACGAAUACUGUCUGGAGUCACUGCCAAUGUGUCCUCGCUGAUGGUGUCGAAAGAGGAAUGUUAACCAUCAACAGAAUGCUUCCAGGUCCCAGUAUACAGGUUUGUGAAGGGGACAAGGUAGUAAUCGAUGUCCACAACGCAAUGCAAGGAUUGGAACUUACCAUUCAUUGGCAUGGUAUCCACCAGAGAGGAACUCAAAUAUACGAUGGUGUCCCGUUCGUAACACAGUGCCCCAUCUCAGAAGGAAAUAGCUUCAGGUACCAAUGGGUUGCAAACGCAGGCACUCACUUCUGGCAUGCCCACACAGGUCUACAAAAACUGGACGGUAUCUACGGCAGUAUCGCCGUCCGACAAGCACCGUCUCUGGACCCCAAUUCCCACUUGUACGACUAUGACUUGACCACUCACGUCAUGCUCCUCUCUGACUGGAUGCAUGAAGACGCCAUGGAGAGAUUCCCAGGAAGACUUGCCGCCAACGUGGGCCAGGAUCCAGAGACUCUUCUCAUCAACGGAAAAGGACAAUUUACUGACCCUAAUACUGGCUACAGAACGAAUACUCCAUUGGAAAUUUUCACAAUAACUCCUGGUAGAAGGUACAGGUUCAGAAUGGUCAACUCACUGGCCACAGUUUGUCCUGCUCAACUUACCAUUCAAGGGCAUCCCCUUGUUUUGAUUGCAACUGACGGAGAACCAGUCCAUCCAGUUGUGGUCAACACUAUCAUCUCAUUUUCAGGUGAAAGAUACGAUUUCGUUAUCACUGCUGACCAGCCAGUAGGAGCAUACUGGAUCCAGGCGAGAGGACUAGGAGAGUGUGGAGUCAACAGGGUCCAACAACUAGCAGUGCUAAGGUACGCCAGAGGACCAUACCAACCAGCCACCCAAGCCCCUACCUAUGAUGUAGGCCUCCCACAAGGAGUUGUCCUUAAUCCACUGGAUGCCAUCUGUAACCAACCAAGAAAUGAUGCCGUCUGUGUAAAUCAACUUAAGAAUGCCAGAGGAGUAGAUGAGGGUAUACUUCAAGAAAGACCAGACGUUAAGAUCUUCCUUCCAUUUAGGUUCCUCUUCUACAGACCUGAAGAACUAUUCCAGCCACAUCAGUAUAACAGAUACCUUGUUGCCCCAACUAGCGACCAUGUCAUCAGUUUGAUAGAUGAAAUCUCAUUUGUUUUCCCUCCGGCACCACCAAUAUCUCAGAUAGAUGAAAUCCCACCAGAGCAAUUUUGUAAUGGAGAUAACAAACCACCAAACUGUGGUAGAAAUUGCAUGUGCACACAUAAGGUUGACAUACCAUUGAAUGCUGUAGUUGAGGUUGUUCUUGUAGAUGAAGUUCAGCAGCCUAAUCUUAGCCAUCCAUUCCAUUUACAUGGUUACUCCUUCAAUGUCAUCGGUAUGGGUCGUUCUCCUGAUAGAAAUGUUAAGAAAAUUAAUUUGAAGCAUGCGUUGGAUUUGGACAGGCGUGGUCUCUUGAACAGGCAGUUUAAUCUGCCACCACUUAAGGAUACAAUUGCGGUACCCAACAAUGGAUAUGUUGUUUUCAGAUUCAGAGCAGACAAUCCAGGUUACUGGUUAUUCCACUGUCACUUCUUGUUCCACAUCGUCAUCGGCAUGAAUGCUAUUCUUCACGUUGGAACACAAGGCGAUCUUCCACCCAUACCUCAUAACUUCCCACGAUGUGGAGACUUCUUACCACCAGUCACCUUCCAUGAUUCAUAAUCAAUUGAAAUCAACCAUCCUGAGGCUAUGAAUCGGAAUAAAGUACCACAGUUCGACAGUUGGAGGCGAAACAUUUCUGAUAUCAAGUGUUUCCCCUCCAGUUACACGUGGUCGUAACCUCAGUAUUUAUGGUGGUCUAUUUUGGUGGUAAACGAUAUUAAAAUAGAUUAAAAGAUGUUUAAGUAGCAAUUUCUUAAUGAGUUUUUAACUUGUUAAGGGAGGCAAAAUAUCUUCACAGUUGACAUAUCGUUGUGCCAGAAACCAUAUUUUGUCAUUAUCAUUUGCCAUCAAAUCACUGUAGUCCACCUACGAACUUUUUGUGAUACAAAAAGACACAAGGUUUUAUAUAAAAAUCUAGAUUACAUAAACAAUGGAACGGAAUAAUAUGCAAAUUGGCAUUUAAAAAAAUUAUUACAUUUAAAUAGUUUUUCUAGAGAACCUUGCCUUUUUUUGUUUCACUGAUACUAUGUUAGUAAAUUAAUUUAACAUUUAAUUAAGAGAAACAUCAAACUUUUCACAGGGCUUCAUUUGUAUAAUUGUUAUCUAAAUAGGUUAGAUAGUUAUUUUUGAAAAAAAUAUGUUUACUUGUUAUAGAAAAUAUUUACAUUUAAAAUGUUGCUAUUUAAAAAAUAAAAAAAAAUAAAAAUACAACCGAUGAGUUAAAAAUAUUGUUGCCAUACUACAUGAAACCUCAAAAUAUGAUAAUGAAUUCUAUUAUGUUUUAUCUCAUGUAUUAUGCACCACCAGAUUAUUAAUUUCAAUAUGUAGCCUACACAUAUUUUAUUGCAAUUAUAAUAGUUAUUACCAUUUAAAAAAUAAAUUUUAAUACAACAAAUGUUGUAAUGCUCAAUUAAGCUUGCCAAACUAAUAAGAAUAUUUUAUAAUUAUUUAUUUUUCAACUAAAUUAGGCAAGCAUUAAAAAAGAGCAGUAUGUUUUACAAAAACUGGAAUAAAAUAGUAGAAUAAUUGAUGUCAUUGGAUUUAUACACAGUUACCAAAUCCUACUAGAAAAUACCAAAAAUUUUGUAAUAUAAUUUUUUUUAUUGUUUUUUUAUAAAAUAUCAAAAUUUAAUAUAAAAAAUAAUGCUUCAAUACUAAUUAUGACAGUGGAUCAUACCAAACUACCAUCAGUCAAUAAAUAAAUUGAUAUUGUAAAACAUAGUAUUUAUGUAUUGUUUGUAUCAUUUGCAUAUAUAAUAUGUACUUGUAUAUAAUUGUUUUAUAUUUUAAUGAUGUAUCUAAAAUAUAACAUUUAAGUCUCAAGACUACAUGUUAUUUACCCCUGAGUUUUAAUCAUUAUGUAUAAUUAAAAUAAAAAAUAAAAAGUAGAUUUGAUUAAUAGCGAUAUUUAUCCAGUAUUGAAACAUUUCAUACACUAAACUUAUUAUCUGUUUCAGCCAUUCCCUACAUGAUUAACUACUUACCUUAUGAAAACUUGCAAAAAAUAAAAAACAGCUGUUUUUAAAAUGAAAAUGAGUAGUAAAUUUAAAUCUAGAACAGUAGAUUGAAAACACUCCAGGUUAACUGCACCAGUGAUGUCACAGCUAAGGAAAUUGUUGUCUUUUUUUGCUUAUACCGCUAUAAUUAUUAUAGUUGUAAACUUCUCUGUUUGACAUUUAGAAUUUCUAGGGUCUCCUUUUUCUAUUUAAAACUUUAAAAUUGAAAAAAAUAUUUAGUUGUGCAGAUAUAAUCUGCACUUUAAAAAAACACAUUUUUGCAUAAGUGAUGCACAUCCUGAAAUUCAAUUGUUUGGGAACUUUAUUCAAACAGUUGUCAAUAAAGGACAUUUUUUUUUCAAUCUAGAAAAAACUAGAGUCUUCAAAUCAACAAGGAAGCUUAUUAUAUAAAUUUAAAGGACAACUUGCCCAUGACUGGGCCCCCAAUCCAUAAUUGGUGUAUUCAUCCUAUUAACCUAUUAACCGAUUAUUCAACAAAAAAGCACCACAAUUAUAGACAUUAAAUCCAUAAAAACCAAGCAAUGGGAUGUUUUUUAUUAAAGACAAAUUAUAACAACCAAGUAAAUUUAUAUUGGAUUUAACUAAUUCACCUGAAAAGUAACCACUCCCUCUGAGCAAAGUUUUAUAUUUAAUUCCAAAAUCUUAAAAUGUACAGGGAAUAUAAUAGAUUGUAAUUUAUAAUUGUGGUCAGUGCAGUUCUUAUGUUCAUUCAUAUCAGAAUAAGAAACUACGAUAAAGCGAAUUUGAAUUUCUAGCCUAAAAUACAUGGAACUACUUCCUUUUUACAUCAUCACCUUCUUUAGAUUUAAUUCUAGAGUGCUACCAAUGGGUAGAUUCUCUACAAGCCUUGUCAUGUCAUAUAUUUCUUUGUAUUACAUUUGCUAAAUGUAUAUUAAUUUGUACAGUUGUAAAUUUCAUAAAUAAUAAAAAAAAAAAAGAAGAUUUAAUUCUUGCAGAGACCAAACAUGUGAAGUAAUUUAUUGGUAGAAAUAUUAACUAGAAUGAUCUUAAUGGGGAAACUAUCUUCAAUCUGCUUCAGGAAACCUAUGCAAAUUAAAAAACAUGCUCCUGACUAUAUAUAUACUGACUUUUAAUUCCAAAAAUAGUGUCACACCUUAUACUUUUAACUAUAAAAGGCCUUACUUUAGUUGUGUGUUCCUUUUCUAGAAAAUUUCAUUCAGAUUUUAAACAGCUCAAUCCACACUUCUUAGUUUGUUUAUGGACUAUGUUACAACCACUACUUCCAAGUGACCAACAACAAUCAGUAGUAAACUUACAAAAUUCAUUCUUUUUCUAGAGAAAAAAAAAAAGAGUUGAAAAAAUUAUUACAGAUGAACAUUUUUGAACAAUCUAACCAAUUUUAAAAAAAUCAUUAAACAUUCAAUUAGCUCUCCUUAAAAAUCAAUAUUUUUCACCUUUGAACUUUUUGUCCCCUCACCCUCUCUCCUUCACUACAGAAUUAAUAAAACUGAGUCAUAUCCAUUUGUGCUUUUAACACUGCUCUCGAAAAUUGAUAUUUCAGGAGAUAGAAACAGAUACUACAUUUUUAAAAAGCAUACUUUCAUUUUAAAAAAAAAAGGAUUUUAUCAGAUUUCAGUAAAUUUUAUAAAAUUGAAUACACCACACUGUAAGAAUAUAGGGCUCAACUCAAUGUAUAUUUUUUUCAGAUCAAACAUAAAACAACUCAAUAUAUUUUUUUUUUUCAGAUCAAACAUUAAAAAAAAGAAUAAAUGCUGUAUAGAUUAUAUUCUUGCAGUAUGAUAUUUCCCUUUACAAUGGAUUUAAAACUAUUCAGAUAUUCAUUAAUAAAUGUAAUACCAAAAUUUAAUAAUCAAAAUUAGACAUUUAAUUAAAAAGACAAGGAUAACUGAAGGAGUUGGAAUUAAGUUCAUCAUGGUCACCUAUACAUGUGAUAGCUCCUAACAAAAAUCUGGUGUGUCCAUUCACACGACUUUCCUACCUAUUUCAGAAAAGUUUUUAUAUCUUUACAUAUGUUCAUGAAGAAACAAAAAAGAAUUGAGAGGACUCUGAAACGUAUAGAUCCGUCGAAAACCACAUGUCCGAAAUUUGACCCAAUUGCAAUACUUUCCUUACCUAGUAUAGGUAGGAAAGUAAUAAGUUAAAAAAAAUAGAAUAAGCUGUAUCAUCGCUAAUCCUGGUUCGAUUCCGAUGAUUUUUUGUUUUGUUGGAAAUUUAAUUACCUUUCAAAAGUUUUAUUAUAAAUUUUAUCGUAUAAUAUAUACUUAUGGAGUUAGGCUCCAUAUAUUUUUUUUUUUCAUUAUAACUUCUUUUCCUGAAUUUUUUGGGGAAUUUAGUCUGUAUACGAAAAUUGAAAGAACAAUGAUUAGAACAUUAUAGGAAAGUUUCAUCAAAAUCAUUUCAGUAGUUCCCGAGAAAAUCUUGGCACAGACAGACAGACAGACCAAUGGCUAAAAAUGUGUUUUUUGGACUCAGGGGGCUCUGAAACAUAUAGAUCCGUCGAAAACUGCAUGUCGGAAAUUUGACCCAAUUGCAAUACUUUCCUUACCUAGUAUAGGUAGGAAAGUAAUAAUUAAAAAAAAAUGCAUAAAAAAAUAGAAUAAGCUGUAUCAUCGCUAAUACUGGUUCGAUACCGAUGAUUUUUUUUUUUUGUUUUGUUGGUAAUUUAAUUACUUUUCAAAAGUUUUAUUAUAAAUUCUAACGUACAAUAUAUAUACUUAGGGAGUUAGGCCCCAUAACAUUUUUCUUUUCUUUAUAACUUUUUUUCCUGAAUUUUUUGGGGAAUUUAGUCUGUAUACGAAAAUUGAAAGGACAAUGAUUAGAACAUUAUAAGAAAAUUUCAUCAAAAUCGUUAGAGCCGAUUUUGCGCUAGUCUAUAGAAAAACAUGUUUUUCAUUUAUUGCGUGCAAGCUAUUGCGCAUGGAGCACCGAAUUUCUUUCACAUGCCAUCAGUACUCAAAACCCUACAAAAUAAAAAAAGAAGAAACAAAAUCGGUUCAGUAGUUCCCGAGAAAAUCUUACAGAAAAACAGACAGACAGACAGACCAAUCGCUAAAAAUGUGUUUUUCGGACUCAGGGGGCUCUGAAACGUAUAGAUCCAUCCAAAACCGCAUGUCGGAAAUUUGACCCAAUUGCAAUACUUUCCUUACCUAGUAUAGGUAGGAAAGUAAAAAUACAUUCAAUCAACUAUUAUUACUUUCAUUUACCUAUAUAUGAAAUAUAUAGUAAGGGAAAAUACUGCAGUUAUGAAAAAAUUGUAUUUAAGUUUGCAACAGAAAACAUAGUUUUGGUUUUGGCCCUCUAAAUCCAAAUAACGAAGUCUUGCAAAAUAGCUUAUGCAGAUGUGAUCACUCUAAUUCAAAAACGAAAAGUCAUAUGAAACCAAAAUCAAGGUAAGUAUUUUCCUGGGAAAUACAUAAAAAAUCGUAAAAAGGAGAUGGUACUUAUGAAAUUGAGAUUACACAUUUAUAAGAUUCCCACAAAAAAGAGUCUAAACCAUUUUGAGUAAACUUCAAAGCAAUGUACACUUAAAUGAUUUUCAAUAUCAGGCAGGAUCUAUCUUCAUUGAAAUGGUCAGACAGGGAUUAAAUCCCAAAUAUUCAAAUUUUUUUAAGGCUGACAACCAAAUACAUAUAAUGACUGAGUUGUCAUUUUUGAAUUGUUCAAAAACUAUGUUAUCAUAUUUUUGUGAAAAGUGCAUGCAGCUGAAAAUAUUUCAACCAGUGUUAAUAAGUUAAUAAAUAAAUAAGAAUAAUGGAUUGAUAAAACAUACGGUAAUAAUAUUCAAUAACUUUAAACAUGAUGAUAUAUUUAAAUAAUAAAAUAUUUACUGGCCCAUUUGAGCAGAAAUUUAAUUAUUCAAUGAGGUUGGUAAGUGAUAGUUGUGUGAUGUACACCACACCAGAUUUUGGUUUAACAGAAGCAACAUGAUGACUUUCACAAGCCUAAAUGAAUAUUAUUUCAAAUCUAACUCGUUUAGCUAAAAUCUAUUGAUGGUAUUAGUAUCAAAUCUCUGGAUUUAUGAAGCCUUAUUAUAACUAACUAUAAGAAAUAAUAAAUAGAGCACUUUGAAAGCAUACUUUUCAUGAAAAGAAAAUAUUUUUAAACUUUAUACAAAGUAGAAGAACUUAAAGUUUGUAAAAUGAAAAAGAAACAUGUAACAUUGUAACAUUAGGGUAUAUAAAAAAAUCUUUAAAAUGGAAUAGAAGCAUAGACAGUUUGUAAAUUAAAUAGGUGAAAAUAUCAUAAGUAAAUAUAAAAAAAAGGUCAAGAUCUACUUGAAAAAAACUUAAUAAUAGGAAACAAAGCAGUCUAUGUAUUACAAAAACGAGGAACUAAUAUAAAAAAGAAUUUGUCAUCUUUGUUUGGACAUGAAAUGUUAGGUUAACAAUACAACUGGAGCUUAUUUAUAGUAUAAGGAUAUAGCUAUCUCUAAUGUUUUAUCACAUAUAAACCUAGAGGUCAUUCAACAAUGUCACAAGGUCAAGUAAAUGACAAAACAUAAAUAGAAUAAAAAAUAAAUAAAACAUAACUCCAAAAUUUUUAAAUGGAUCAACUAAGUAGUGUUUUUCUCCAUCAGCCCGAAACAAAGAUAUAUUUUCUUUGUUACCACAUGUCUGGAAUGACUAAUAUAACACAGCCCCAUCGAUUUCUGUAACUGGAAUGUAUUAAAAAGUUAAAUCACUUUAAAAUCCCUAAACAUGUAACCAUGAACCAGGAGAAGGUAAAAUAUUUAUGAUAUAUAAAACUCUUUUUUUAAAUAGCAAAGUUUCAAACUUAAAAUUUACAAAUUAAGCAAAUGUAUUUCCUAGUUAAUAGCAUUCAUUUGGUAAAGGAUUAAGGAUAACAAAUUUUAUUUUAAUUUCUGUACUUCUAAAUACAUACAAAAUCAUCACAAAAUGGUAAUAUACAACAUGAUUUACAUCUUGGCAUAUGUACAAUUAAGAAUUUAUAUUCAUUUUCACAACCCUUUAAAUGUUGAUUAACAUUUUUUAAACCUUUAUUAUUAAAUAGAUAAAAAUUAUUAAAUAAAUAACAGAAUAUACUUGAACAGCACCUUUAUACAUCCUUAAACAGUUUUGAAAGACUACAUACACUCCAACUUUGGAUAUCCAACAUCAUAUUCAUUGUAUAUUAAUUUAUUAGUCCAGUAUAAAAUGAAAAAAAUAAAAGCUACAAACUUAUUCAUCAUUAAAUGUAGUAAGAAAAACUACACUAUCAGCUAUUGUAAAUAUAUGAGGAUAUUUGGAUAAAAAAUUCCUCAAUUCAGUAAUAGUUUUAACAACUUCUUGUACAUCACUUGGUGCUUCAUGCAAGUAAUCAAAUAAUUGAGAAAGGGAAAAUACCUUAUUUGAAAUUUUAUUAAACAUAAUCUUAUAAAAGAACUGUAUCGUUCUAUGCAUAGCUAUUUUCUUCUUUUUUAACAAUUCUUCAUUUACACUAUCACGGUCCUCUCUCACUUCAAGCUGAAUGUCUCUAAUUCCUUCAUGGCAACUAACUAAUUGUUCAAUCCACUUCGGUUGCUCCAGUUGGGAAAUAACAAAAUCAGUUAGAGAAACUUUAUCUUUAUGAAGUAAAAAUAUAUUUGGGAACACUGACAAAAACGAAUUCAAUUCUUUAAUAUUUUUAACCAUCAUUUGGACAUCCUCCAUUGCACAAUUUCUAUGACUGAAUAAAAGAGAUAAAGGUAAUUCACAUUUUGGACUUUUUUCAAAUAAAAUAUUUGAAUAGAAUUGUAUUGUGCUGACAAUGACUUCAUGGUUGGUAGUAGACUGAUGAUGUUCUGGUAACAUUUCUUUGAUCCAACCGCGCUGAUUUUUGUGAAAUGCUUGCAAAUCUGAAAGAGUGACUGUCUGUUUUUCAUGGUUGACAGAAAACAAUUGUGGAUAUUUCGAUAAAAAAACUUUCAGCUCCUUAGUAUUCUUAACAAUGUCUCUAACAUUACUUGAUGCUUUAGAACUGUGAGAAAAAAUACUUCCAAUAGUAUGUUCCAAAUGAGGUCCUUUUCGCCAUAUAAUAUUAGAAUAAAACAAUAUAGCACUAACUUUACUAUACUGAGAAUUUUUUUUGACAGGAACCUGUUUCUUAUUAUUAUCUGAAGAAGCAAUACUAAUAUAUUGUGAACAAUUAUCAGGAUUGUUUAGACUACUGUUAUCACUAACCAUCACAGAAGAGUUGGAAGAAUCUACAUUUUUAACCGAACGCUGUUUUUUUCUUUUUUUAACUUUUGAUUCACUCUUAUUACUAACUAAACUAACAAAAUUAUCUUUUACUAUAAAAAUAUCAGAAUACUUAUUAAAGAAAUCUUUUAAUUCUGACUGAGUUUUAAAUAAUUCUUUAAUCUCUUGAGGAGCUACACAUAGGUAUUCAAAGAGUUUGCUAUCCAUAAUAUUCUUACCUUUUCCCUCUGUCUCUAAUAUAGAUUUAAAAAAGUUUAAUGUCAUCAAGGUCUUAACAUCUUUAAGCGUAGAAUCAUCGUUCUGGAUUUUAUGAUCAUUAGAACUCAAAUUUCUUUUACUUAGUUCAUUACUUUCAUUAGUACUUAUACUAAUUUUAUCAUAAAAAUUAUUACUGUCAAUUAUUUCCUCAAUCCAUUUUGGCUCUAUUUUAUGUGACACAGCUACUUCUGUCAGAGAAACUCCUUCAUCGCUGAUUUUAAAUAUUUCUGGAUACAUUGAUAAAAAAUCUUUUAAUUCAUUUGCACUAUUAGCUAAAGUCUGCACAUCCCCCAUAGCUGUUUUUCUAUAUCUAAAUAAACCUUUAAUUGGUAAAACUUCUAAACUUCUUCCAAAAAUAAUAUUAACAUAAAAUUGAAUUCCACUAACUACAGUUUCGUGGUUAGUUGUUGAUUGAUGAUAUUUUGGUAAAAGUUCUUUAAUCCAAUUUCUCUCAUUUUUAUAAAAUGAUACCAUAUCAGUCAACAUCACUGUUUGCUUGCUAUUAUCAACAGUAAAUAUCUGAGGGAAUUUCGAUAGAAAUUCUAAUAACUCACUAGGUUUCUUGGCAAUUUCUUGAAUUUCCUCUGAUGCUUCAGUUCUAAAACACAAGAGAUUUGAUAUCAUAUGUUCUGAGUUAGGACCUUUUUUGAACAUAAUAUUUGAGUAGAAUCUGAUUGAUCUAAUAAUAGAUGAUUUCUUAGAAAUAGAUCCUUUCCUAACAGUAUUUGCUGAAGGAAUUUUAUUUUGAAUAUUAAUAGGAGACACAGUUUUGUUAGCAGGCUGAGAGUGUAAAUUCAUAUCACUCAAGGCAGUUUCAACUUCUUUUGUAACACUACCAGAGUGCCUCAACUUAUAAUUAACAUCUAAAUCUUUAUUUUUAGAAAUUGAUUUUUUCAAAAGUACAACGUCAUUGUUCAAAAAAAAUACAUUGGGAUAUUUAUUCAGAAAAUCUUUUAAUUCUAAUGGAGUUUUUAUUAACUCUCGUAGUUCUGGAGACGCUAAAUAUUGAUAUCCAAACAGACUAACAACGGGAAAUUCUUUAUUAUGACUUACUCUAUCAAUAAUGGAUGAAUAAAAUUUUAUUGCUAAAGCUUCUUGAUCAUCAUAAGCUUCUGUACAAGGUAUAGUGAGAUCUAAACUUUUUGUUAGGCAGACAUUAUUUUCCUCAACUGUAAAAAUAUCUGGAUGAGUAGAUAAAAACUUUUUCAAUUCGUUUUGAGUUUUAGCUAAAGCAAUAACUUCAACUGAUGCCAGGCUUCGAUAGCCGAACAAAUGUUCAACAGGAACUUCUAAAUUGGAACAAAAUCUCUUUAAGACUCUAGUAUAAAAAGCAAUAGCUUCUGUUGUUGAAUAGGUUUCAACAUAGCAAAGUUUUUCAUACCUGGUGUGCUUGGAAUGUUUUUCAUCAGCUAAAUUUUUAAGAAUUACAUUAUUAUGAUUAACAAUAAAAAUAUUAGGAUAUUUUUUAAAAAAUGCUUUUAAUUGAAAAAUAUCUUGUAUUUUAAUCUCAGAAGGGGCUAAAUCAACAUAUAUUUUUAAGCGAGCAAUAGGAAAUUCUGUGUCUACACCCACUUUUUCCUUUAAAACCCAGACAAAAAACAUUAAGCUUUCAUUAACCUUAUUUUUAGGAGCAUUUAUACUUUGAUCUUCAUAACUCUUCUUAAGAAGAAUAUAAUUGUCAGUUAAAUUUAAAACAUUAGAAUAUUGACCAAUUAUUGACCUGAAAUCUUUUUCAUUACUAAGAAUUUGCUGCAAUUCAGAAGGUGCCAAACUAAUGCAUUUCUUAAACUGUAUUAAAGGAAACUGAACGUUAACUCCAACAUUUUGUAACAAAAAAUUUACACAAAAGUCUUUCACUUGUUCCAUAAAAAUUGGCUGGUGAAUAGGUUUCACACUCUUAUUCAAACCAGAUAAUUUGGAUUUUAAUAGAGUAUCAUCGAUAUCAGUAGCAAUGUCACUAUUUCUCAAAAAAACCACAUCAUCUUUAACAAUGAAGUCGUUGGGAUGAUAAGAUAAAAACAAUUUGAGGUCUUUUUCGUUUUCAAACAGAUAUUCAUAUUCUGACAACAAAUGUUUAAGAGGAACUUCUAAGGAACAUUUUAAUUCUAAUGUAUUUUUAAUUGUUCGCAAACAAACAUCUAAUGAAGUUUUAAUAAGAUUUUCUUGAAUCAUAAAAAUAACUUCCUUAGUUGAAAGAUCACUUCCCUUUUUACAACGUAACCUUACUUCAUCUCUUUUCAGAUUUAAAAGUAAUGAAUCUUUUAUCAUUACAUUAUUCUUAUUAUACUGAAAUACCCAAAUGUACUUAACAAAUAAUUUCUUCAAAUCAGCUACAGUUUUUGUGAGAUCCUUUACCUCUUUAGAGGCUAAAUUCCGAAAACCAAACAACUUGGAAAGGGGCAGCCGAUGAACAACUUCUUGUUUAAAUAAAAUGAGUAAAUAAUAUAUAACAGUUUUCCCCAAUAGUCUUAGUUUAGGGGAUAUAACUUCCAUACCACACAUUUCUCCAAGCCAUGAAUAGUCACUUCUAUCGCAAGCAGCGGAAUAUGUUAAACUAACUUUAUCUUCAUUUACGAUGAAUACUUGAGGAUAAGCAAUCAGAAAUGAUUUCAAUUCUAAAGGAUUUAUAGCUAUUAUCUGGACAUCUUGUUUUGCUUUGUUUCUAUGGGUAAUAAGUUUAUCGAUACUAAAAUUAUCUUCUUUGUCAUAUAAUAUGUCAGAAUAAAAUUGAAUUGCAUUUAAAACUGUUCUAUUGAUGUCAGGAUAAUCGUUCUGCAAUAAAGCUUUAAUCCAUUUAAUAUGACCUUCAAUAAAAUGGACUGAAUUAUAUAAAGAAAUUUUGUCACCAUCAAUUGUAAACAAAUUGGAGUACUUGGACAAGAAAUCUUUUAGGUCUUUUGGAUUUCUAAUAAUCUGCUGUAUUUUAGGAUCAGCUUUUUGAAUGUGACUAUAAAUCUGAUCAAUUGUAAAAUUUAUAGUGUAUCCUUUUUUUAAAAUUAUAUCGCAGAAAAACUUAAGAGUUUCAAGAGGUAUUUUAUCAAUAAAACCACAAAUUUUCAAUUCUCUUUCAUCAAAUUUAAGGAUAGUACUCAGUUGAUCAACUAAUAUUAAGUUACAAUUGUUUAAGUUCUGUUGAUAACUGCACUGAAAAGUUGACACAGACUGAUGAGCCAUACUGAUAAUAUUGCAUUAGUGACAAACCUUAGCUAAUUCCACCAGUCAAUUUCAGAACAGAGCCAAAGUAUGCGGUCAAAUUUAUCAUAAAAAAUUAAAUUGAAGUUCAUAUCACAACGGUUAAAAAUAAAAAACAUAAAUGAUAACAACAUAAACAAAAUGGAGGUUACACGAAUU